CAUGAAAUGGUUGCUCUGGAUACUUUUGUGCCCUCAUUUGCUCUUCUUUACUGGUGAGUUAAGUGUCUUUGUACAUCGUUUUUUAGUAGAUUCCGAUAGGUCUCUAUGUUUUUGUUUCUGUAUGUAUAUAUAUAUAUAUNUAUAUAUAUAUAUAUAUAUAUGUAUAUACUAUGAAAUACAUUUAACGCGAAAACGCUUUACGUGAACAAUCGGUUUACACAAAAUUAAUAAAGCGGUAUUUUCAUAUAGUUUUUUAAAACUUAUUUUAACAAUAAACAAAAUUCGUUUCGCAUGAAAAGAUUUGGCUACUCCCAAUGAACAUAAUGCAUACACCAGCCGACGAGAAUGUAGAGGGGUCUGAAGAAACAAAGAAAAAAGAGGAGGAGGUGUGUCGUGUGAAAGAAGGUUAUCUCGAAAUGACUAAGACAAUGGACGAUAUCGAACAAUGUUUUGCCAACUGGAUGCUAAAAAAGACAACGCAAAAACAAAACUUUAAAAAAGAAUUUUAAAAAAAAAUUAAAAAUCAGAUUAUUUUCCCAAAAAAUUAAUUUUUAUUUGUUUUUAUUUAAAUAAAAUUAUUAAAAUUUAUUAAAUUUUUAUUAAUAUUUUCAUUCAUUUUAUUGUUUUUUUUGUUUUUUUUUAAAUUAUAUAUAUUGUCUGCAUCGUUUAACACGAAGACAUAUUUCGGUCCCCUCAGUUGUGUGUCAGACUAUUUUCACUGUAUAUUUCUAUUGGGUCUCGGUUUUUAUUUGGCCCAACUCAUCUUACUAGAAUUAAGUUUAGAGAAAUCAUACAAGCAUUUGGAACUACGCGGGAGCAGAAAACAACUGUGCAUGUCUAAAUGUAAGCUUUUGUUGCACAAUACUUUAUACCCACGUUAGUUAAAGAACCAUUUUAUGGGUUGAAAAUUAUUGUACCUGUAAUUUUUUAUUUUUUUUUUUAAAUAUUUCUUCAAAUGUUUUGUUUUACAUUUCCUUGUUAACUCGUCCGUUCAAUCAGCGGCUGUAAUGAGUUGUCCCCCGUUGAAAGAUGGCCAGACGUUCUCUGUGUUUUGCAAUCACUCCACAACGCUAGAUAGUUCCCAGGUUUUGGAGUGGACGAUUGAGAGGUACCAGAACGUCGACUUGUCCGUGGCCAACUGCUCGCUGUCGAAUCAAACCUGCUCUGGGCCGUUCAGCGCCAGGCUAAAGGUCAAUGGCUCGUUCGUCGAGAGCAAUUUGACGGACGUCAAAGCCAGCACCAGUUACAGAAACUUCAAAUGUCGCCUGUCGCCAUCCAGGAUGUCGGCCUGGUCGCCGUGUAGUGGCGCACUGGUUGUGUACAGUAUGUAUAAUUUUUUGCAUAACAAUAUCAUUUUUAUAUAACAAUAUCAUUUUUGUUUAUAUAACAAUAUCAUUUUUUGUAUAACAAUAUCAUUUUUUGUAUAACAAUAUCAUUUUUUGUAUAACUAGCCUAUAUCGUUUUUUGUAUAACAAUAUCAUUUUUUAUAUAACAAUAUCAUUUUUUUAUAACAAUAUCAUUUUUGUAUAACAAUAUCAUUUUUUGUAUAACGUAGUAUUAGCGGAUGAAAAUUUAUCGUGGUGUUUGAUGCUUUAUUUUGGGAUUACGUUGAACACAGAUAAAUAGAUUUGAAAUGACACAUCAGGUUACCGUUGAAAAAAAAAAUUGUUGUAGUGUUUAAGAGUGAAGUUAAUUAUUCAGGUUGAUAGUAAGUUAUUGUUCAGUUAGAGAUUCAUGAAGGCGAUGAGUUAUUGUUUAGAUAGAGAUCCAUCCAGAUCCAUCCAGAUAAUAACUUAGAGUUAAGCUAGAGAUCCAUCAAGAUGAUAAGUUAUAGCUAAGUUAAAGACCCAUUAAGAUGAUAAGUUAUAGUUAAGGUAGAGAUCCAUCAAGAUGAUAACUUAUACUUAAGCUAGAGAUCCAUCAAUAUGAUAAGAUAUAGUUUAGCUAGAGAUCCAUCAAAAUGAUCAGAUAUAGUUAAGCUAGAGAUCCAUCAAAAUGAUCAGAUAUUGUUUAGCUAGAGAUCCAUCAAUAUGAUAGAUAUAGUUUAGCUAGAGAUCCAUCAAUAUGAUAAGUUAUAGUUUAGCUAGAGAUCCAUCAAGAUAAUUUAUAGUUUAAUUACAGAUCCAACAAGAUAAGUCAUAGAUUAGUUAGAGGUCCAUCAAAAUUACAAGCUAUAAUUAUGUUACAGAUCUAAAAAAGAUGAUAAGUUAUAGUUAAAUUAGAGAUUCAUCAAUAUUAUGAGUUAAAUCUCAGUUAGAGAUUCAUCAAUAUUAUAAGUUGGAGUUAAUUUAGAGAUCCUUCAAGAUUGUCAGCUACUGCCCUAGAGCAUGGAUUCCCCAUCUCAGUUUAUAAAAAAUGUGUCAUGCAAAACUAAAUAGAUAUCUGCCCAUUCAAUUUGUCAUUUGUUUGUCCGAGAAUGCAAGCAAAAAAGCAAUUUGAGAUUUAGAAAUCUCUGUAUUAAUAUUUGGAAUACACUUUUAUUUGCCAUCCCACCAGAUGUGGAAAACUUUGUUGUUUUUUUUAAAUUAAUAAUAAUAUAAAUAAUAAUAAUUUGAAAUGAUAUAAAAAAAUAACAGAAAUAAUAGACCAAAUUACGUACAUAAAAAAUAAUCGUAGCGAUAAAGAUAAGAUACAUAAUAAUUAGUAAAUAAUAAUAGUAAAAUAGUUCCAAUAGCUACUAACAGCCACAGGCAAGGGAUGACAACUGCUUUAAUUUUUUAUUUUUUUUUUAAAUAUUCAUUUUUAUUUUUUGUUGGUGGUGAGGUUGUUUUUUUCCCCCUGCUUUUUUAUAAUAAUUUAUUUAUUUCAUGAAAAAAUCUCUGAAUCUGUGAGCAGAGUAAGCCAUAAGCAAUAUCCCAAAAUAGUUAGUUUUUUUAGAUAAACGACAAUGGCAUCUACAGUAACGGAAGGAAGAAUACAGUAGGUUCAACGUAAACAAAUAACAAAUGCUAAAGCAGAUGACCUUUCAAUUUAAACAGACAUUGUGGAUACAAAAUUCAAUACCAUUCGGAUCGAUACAGUUUGAUUAAUCUAAACCUUUUAGAGAAUUUAGUUGGGUUUUUUUCUGUUUUUUUCCUUUAGCCCCACCCGAGAAUGUGACGUGUGACCUGCCAACCGUCGGUACGAAUGUCACUGUGACCUGCAGGACAUCCAAGGUCUCACCUGGCAUAAGGUGCGAAUUCUUUACACGCUGGAGUGGGGUAAGUUAAGUCUUAAUGACUGGAGUGGGUUAAGUUAAGUCUUAGCUCGUAGUGGACGCGUGUAAAGUUAUCAUUUAUCAAAGCUUGUUCUGUCGCAAGACUUUCCGCACGGAAAAUUUUUUCCAAAGCCCCAAAUGGCCUCAUGUUUACCUACGGUAUCACACAAAUUCAAACUUGUUUCAUAUCUCAAAUGUCUUUUUUUUUUUCCUUCUUUUUUUAUGUAGUCCCCCACCUUAUUUUUCGUUCUUGGUAACUUGUGACCAUUCUUAUUUUUUUAUUUUCUCUUAUUUUAGGUAUACAUAUGGAUUACAUACAUUAUUAAACUUUAAUUUUUAUCAAUUUUUUUUUCUUUACUGACGAAGGCAUUGUGCCGAAACGUUUAAUUUUGUAUUUUGUCUAAUCACGAUUAAUGCCUUCGGGAAAUUGUUUUGUUUACACAAAUUAUUUUAUUUCUCAUGAAUCAAUUUAACAGCUUAUCCCAGUCGAACGCUAUUGUAAUAUGUUAAUUAGAGUUAAACACAAUAGGUUGAAAACUUGUCUGAUCAUUGUAGACGUUUUACCAGGCGCUAAAAAGAAGUGAUACUUGAAUUUCAAAUGAAAUAGUAGAACAAGGUACGUUAAGCUGGAAUUAAUAGAAAAGGGAAUAAAAUUUGAACGUUUCGUCCGGAAGAUGAUGUGAGGAAUGAAUCGAGAAAUUGGGGGACUGGGACUAACACGCAUUUUAAGUUGACUGUUGGCCACGGCGUUAGGGGAGGGCCAGGAGGUCUCAAAAGAGAAGAAAAAAAAAAAAAACAGGGUCUCGCUAGAUCUGUUACAGGUUCCGGGUUUUACCCGCAAGUCAAAGUCAGGCAAGAGUGAAUGCGGAUGCGAUUAAAACAAACCAUAAAAUAUUUUUUUGAGAUUUGCCAUCUCUCAUUCUUUGCCUUUCUGGACUAUUUCUUCCUCUUUCUCAAUGUGUCUAAAAUGAGGAGGAAAGGUAUCGCAACAAACUGUCCACUCACAAUGUCCAGUUCAGUCCACCACUCCUCCCUGCUUCCUCAAACCCCCCCCCCCCCCCCCCCCCAAAACCCCCAAAAAAAAACACAAAAAAAAAAAAAAAGAAUACUUUAGAUUGGAUUCACGCCCAGCUGUCACAGAGAGUGCAAUUGUGGAUAUAUGCGCACCUUAAUUAGUGCGUUUAUUUCGUUGGCAUAUUUCUACUUUAGGGUAUGUCACACACACAUGUACAGACACACAUAUAUAUGUGUGUGUGUGUGUGUAUGUGUGUGCGUGCGUGCGCGCGUGCGUGUGCGUGCGUGUGUGCGUGUGCGUGUGCUUGUGAUUGUGCGUGUGCAUGUGUGUGUGUGUGUGUGUGUGUGUGUAUGUAAGUAUGUAUGUAUGUAUGUAUGUAUGUAUGUAUGUAUGUAUGGUAUGUGUGUGUGUGUGAAUAUAAGAAAAGCUUUCAGUCCAAAAUGCUCAAAGUCAGCAGGGAAACCAAAUGUUCAUCAUGUAAGAGGGAACAUUACGAAAACGAAAUGUUCAUCAUGUAAGAGGGAACAUUACGAAAACGAAAUGUUCAUCAUGUAAGAGGGAAAAUUACGAAAACCAAAUGUUCGUCAUAUCAGAGGAAACAUUAUGAAAACGAAAUGUUCGUCAUGUAAGAGGGAAAAUUACGAAAACGAAAAAUGAUCUGCAAGCCUUUUGUAACUACUUCACCUACGUAUAUUUAAGACACCAACCUCGCGUUAGCAAAAAUAACAUCCAACUCCCUAAACAUUACUCGUUAUACAAAACAUCUCAUUUUUUUCCUUGAUGUUGUUACAGAGUGCUUGUUUACAUCAUAUUUCUCGUGCGUGCCCUCUGAUUGACCCCGCAUGAGACGCUGUGUUCACAAAGGGGUGUGGCUUAGGCCUUUGAAGUAUCUUGUUUACAAUCGGUUUCCAAUUACGCAUUGGGUAUAAUGACUCGGGGUACUUUCUGGAAUGUACUCCUUAACCCGAGAUAUGUAAACAACACGUCAUAAGCCCUUCUGGAAGCGCCUUACUCUACACCUAUAUAAGGGUUUGACAGGCACGGACGAGGGGAGAUUUUCAUAUAGAUUCUCUUAACAUUACGAGGCGUAUUUUAUUCUUUGUGUAGUUGUGUGCUCCUACUUAUAUGUGUUUAUUUCGCAUUAUUUAUUGGCAUCAUUAUUUCUAAUUGUAUUAACUGUGUACCGGUACGAGAUCCACCAUACUGUAAGUUGAAGAUUGUAAUUUUAUUUUAUUUUCUUUUGUAAUUAUCUUUAGACAUAAUAAAUCUUAUUAAUUGUAACUAGAAACUGUUUUGGGUCGUAUCUUUAAUAUUGUUGAUUCUGUGGUAUCGUCCUUUGUUAGGCACUGAUUACAACGAGCCAAUUAAAAUUAAAAUAGGAGAUUAAUUUCUCCCAAUACAAGUCAGUGCGUAACAAUGUCUUCUGAGAUUUCUUUCCUUGAAAACCAGCCACGUCUAUGAAUUCAUACUGUCACCAUAUCCAACUGGUCUCAGUUGUUUUUUUUUUAAUUUAGUGGUCAUUCUUUUCACCAAAUUGAUGGUGUAGCCAUGGGUACCAAAAAUGAGUUCUAAUUUGACUGCCUUUUAUGGAUCACUUUGAAUACAUUGUAGAGUAGGCAUGUGCAUUCCGUAUCCCAAAACUGUACAAAAAAUACAUUGAUAAUGACAUUGGCUUCAAUGCCCUAAAAACAAGCGAAGCCCAACAAUGUAUUGAUAUUCUUAACUCUUACCGUCCAUCUAUUAAAUUUACUUCACAAAUCUCUGAGAAUUCCGGAGCCGUUCUUGACAUUGCUCUUACCUUAAACGGGAACGAAUUAUUCACCUCUGCUUACAAAAAAACCGACUGACAGCCAUAGUUACUUAUUGUAUUCAUCUUACUAGCCCAGACAUUUUAAAGAUUACAAACCCUUUUCCAAACGUAUUACGGUACGGUGCCUCUGCCGAUCAGAUAAAGUCUUUUUAGACAGGCCAAAUAAAAUUAUGGACUUCUUACGCUUUAGAUCUUAUCCCGAGAGUGCUCUUAUUUCGGCCCUCGACGGUAUCUGUACCAUGGCAUGUAAUGAGGCUUCUAAAUACCUUUUAUACAAAAAAAUGAGCAUCCAAAAGGCUCUUUCUUGCCUACCUCCUUUACAAUGUAAAAGAUGUAUAUACACCCUUGCUGACCCCGACACUAACUCGAUAUUCUCAUGCCCUCUACUUAUUGUCUUCAGGUGAAAAAAAAAACGUAUGUGACCCUCUGGUUCACAGUCGCUUUACGAGCUGACCCCUCCCUACAUUCAUGUUAAAGACGCCGUUUUAGGACGUGCCCAAUGUUCUGGAAGCUGAACACAUUGGCUUCCCUAAAGGUGGGGGGGGGGCUUCAAUCUAACAGUGGGCUUCACGUGUAUAGAUCAAAAUUUACACUAUUUGAUUUAUUGCCGAAGAUGCUGCUUCGGGAAGAAAGCUUUCUGAUAGGUUCAGUGAACAUCUUCGGGAUUUUGAACAAAACAAGCUACACUCGGUCUCACCCCAUUUUAACAAAUGUGAACAACAAAGGCACAUCCUAGGUAUCCACCCCGGCUCUGAUUUCUUGUAUUAAUAUACCAGCGAGGGUGAAGAAUAAAAACAAAUUAAUUCAAAUCAUCGGCACCAUAUCACCGUACGGAAUUAAUCAAAUACCCACUUACUAAUUGAUCCUUUAUUUUCCCUGCAUUGCUAUUCUCAAUUUUUGUCUGUUAAACUUUUGCAUUAAUUAAUAACGCAUACAUUCUCUUACCGUGAUCGUACGUCCCACAACAAAUAUGGGGCGCACGUUUUGACAAUAACAUGGAGAGCUUCCUGUUCUGAGUAUUGAGCUAUUUUGUAAGGUGUUCAAAAAAAAAUUCUUUUUUUUUCUUUUUAAAAAUUUGAAUGUAUCUGUUGUUUGUAACAUUUUCUGCCGAAGAAGGCAUCUUGUCAAAACGUCCACUUAAGUGUCGUGUCUUUUAUUUUGAAGCCCAGACAUUAGAUUUUAUAUUUUUCCGCUAGAUAUUUGAUUAAUAUGACUGCAUUUUUUAUUUUUAAAACACAACUAUUAGAGUUUAAAUAAAUUUAAAAUUAUAUAAUGUUUAGUAUUUCUGUACAGUAAAGGAGUUGUUCUCUCCAUUUAAAAUCACAAACUCAAACUUCUUUCAAUAAUAAAGCUAAUUAAUGUGCUCUUUUUUUUACUAUAUGUCUUAAAAUACUUUCAGGAUUACUUACAUUUUUAAUUUUCUUUUUAAUGGUACACAAUAUUUCUUCGAGUCAAAUUAUUAAACAAGGAACGAGUAGGAAUUCAUUGAUUACUCAAUUUUUCUUCAUUCGAAAUAAAAUACUAUUUUAUGACAUUGUCUUCCAAAGGACUCGGCUAGUACAAAGGUCAAUGGGACUAUUGAAUAUAAGAACGAAGAGUACUCUCUUCGUGUGGAUGGUGAGUUAGUACCGUACAAUGCCUCCAAUUGUACUCUGACUGUACCGCGUACAAGUUUUCUGAGUGGAAGUCAUGAAAUAAGUGUCAGGAUGUUCUCCAGCUCCAACGCUAGCAAGACUGACGCAGUGAAUAGCACAGCUGGCUCGGUCACGCUCGGUGAGUACUUGUGUGGUACUCAGUACGUGUUUGGCACUUAGUAAAUGUUUGGUUCUUAGCACAUGUUUGAUACUAGUACAUGUUUUGUACUUUGUACAUGUUUGGUACUUAGUACAUUUUGGUACUUUGUACAUGUUUGGUACUUAGUAAAUAUUUGGUACUUUGUACAUGGUUGGUACUUAGUAUAUGUUUGGUAC